AUGAGUUCGGGUCACAUGUGGCCUAACAGUCAAGACGACUAUGAACUUCUUGAAGUCAUCGGUGUGGGCGCCACGGCUGUCGUCCACGCCGCCUUCUGCCGUCCGCGAGGCGAAAAGUGCGCCAUAAAACGUAUCAACCUGGAGAAAUGGAACACCUCCAUGGACGAGCUCCUUAAGGAGAUACAAGCUAUGUCGAGCUGUAAUCACGAGAACGUGGUGACGUACUAUACUAGUUUCGUAGUCAAAGAAGAGCUCUGGCUAGUCUUAAGACUCCUCGAAGGCGGCAGUUUGCUGGAUAUAAUCAAACAUAAAAUGAGGGUCUCGAACUGCAAACAUGGGGUUUUCGACGAAGCUACAAUCGCCACCGUCUUGAAAGAGGUUCUCAGGGGUUUGGAGUAUUUUCAUCAGAACGGUCAAAUCCACAGAGACAUCAAGGCGGGUAACAUUCUUCUAGGGGACGACGGGAUCGUUCAGAUCGCAGACUUCGGUGUGUCAGCCUGGCUCGCGACUGGGCGAGAUCUGUCGCGACAGAAGGUCCGCCACACGUUCGUAGGAACACCCUGCUGGAUGGCCCCCGAGGUCAUGGAGCAAAACCACGGAUACGACUUCAAGGCUGACAUCUGGUCUUUCGGCAUCACCGCCAUCGAGAUGGCGACGGGCACCGCGCCGUACCACAAAUAUCCUCCUAUGAAGGUGCUCAUGCUAACUCUACAGAACGAUCCGCCGACCAUCGACACCGGCGCCGAAGACAAAGACCAGUACAAGGCUUACGGCAAGACCUUCAGGAAGAUGAUAUCGGAAUGCCUCCAGAAGGACCCGACAAAGAGGCCGUCCGCCACCGAGCUGCUGAAGCACUCGUUCUUCAAGAAAGCCAAGGACAGGAAGUAUCUAGUGCAGACUCUCGUGUCGAUAGGGCCCAGUAUGGAAACCCGCGUCCACAAGGCGAGUCGGCGGCAGCCGGGAGCGUCCGGCCGCCUGCAUCGGAUGGAAACCGGCGAGUGGGUGUGGGAGAGUGACGAGGAAGACGGCGAGGAGGAGGACGAGCGCCGCGACCGGCCCAUGAACCAGCUGUUGCGAGCUGACUCCUCGGACAGCGAACCCGAAACCGACCGCGCAGGAUUCACCAUCGGCUCCCUGGACGUGGACGAGGCGCCGCAGCUGAACCUCGUGCUGCGGAUGCGGAACGCGAGGAACGAGCUCAACGAUAUACGCUUCGAAUUCGCGGCGGGCAAGGACUCGGCGGACGGCAUCGCCACCGAGCUGGUGGGUGCUGGGCUCGUGGCGGCGGCAGACGCUAACGCUAUAGCCUCUCAGCUACAGCGGCUGGUGGACGCCACGUUGUUCCCCGGAGACACUCCCCCUCCACGCUCGCUGACCUUCCGUCUCGAGUCCACGUCGACCGCACCAGACGCCCCUCCGCCGGACGAGAAGGGACUCGUCGGCUACGCUCAGAUUUCCAUCGUAGACUGAACUCGAGGCCACCUCGCAACACCCUCUCCCAUUCACGCAAACACGCAUUCUCAUGGACAAUAAUAUUAGUAAUCGUAGCCGUAUUUUAUAAUGUUAUACUGUGUAACCGAAUUUAGAAGCUAGCGCUGCGACCCGAGGCCCGCGAGGCUUCCGUGCGAGUCAUUAUAAUGGACUAGGGAUGGCGUGUAACUUCUUUUACAUUCCGACAAGAAGUGACGUCACUCGGAAUGUUGAGAAUGUCGCCCAUCGGAGAUGCGACGACGCACUAAUGUAUUUGAUAAUUUCUUUAAACGCUAUUUUAUUAUAUAACUUUACUAUAAGAAACUACAUAUUAUAUGGGUGUUUAAGGAAUUUUUUUUUAUGAAUAUUGUUUAUAGCUCAAGAUGAUUCUAUGUGUAAUCCUUAGGAUGAAGCUGAAUGUGUAGGUCCACUGCGUCUAUUCCGCUGUACCGUCAUCUAUAAUGGUUUUAUUAUUUCGUCGCUCAAACUAUUAUUAAUAUUAAGUUAAACGCAAAUCUUAAUUAUUUUCAAUAUAAAAUUUAUAAACGGAUAUCUUGCGAAGCGCAAUUAUAUUUUUAUGCUCAAAAUAUGAUCUAAGUGACAUUAAUUUCAAGCGUCGCGCUUGUUAAUCAAACACAUUGAAUUGCACAUCAACACGUGCCAUUUUGGAUUAUCUGAACAUGUAACGAAUCCCGAGCCGACGUGUGUUUAAAAAAUAUAUAUAUUUACAUGAAUUAAAAUUAAUUGACAUCCAUAACAGUGUUUAAUCGAAUGUCUAUACAGUAUAAAAUGUUUUACGUUGUUAUUUGUUUGUUGCUUAUUUUUGAAUUACUUUGAAAUAAUAAAAGAAAACGAAUCUGAA